AUGCUUGGGAUGCUGCCCGAUUUCGGAGCGCCUGUUACCUUCUUCCUGAACGCCGACUAUCGCGAGCGUGUUCCUAUAAGGGUUCCUCUCACGGCUAAGCAGAUCACACAUAUGAAUCGUGAUGUCGCCUUCGCCCUCCGCCAUGGUAAGCGAAAGGCUUCUAAUCGUCGCAUCUCUAUUGCGCAAGAAAUUGAAGCAGAGCGCAAGCCGAAGACCUCAGACGAAGACAAGAUUGCCUCCCUCCAAGCACCCAUCACUGAGAAGUGCGAUCGUACGUUUGCCAAGCAUGCCGCUGAGCCGGUGAACCACAUCAUCAAGAUUCCAUCAACUGCUGCUGCUGCUGCUGAGUCUCCUGGCAAGCCCUCAUAUGUUCAACGAGCCGCUAUUGCUAAGGCCGUUGUCCGUGAGCUUCGCCGUCGAGCCGAUGAGGAUGAUUCCGCCCCGAAGCCUGAGGCCAAGGCCAACGAGUCUGCAUGGGACCAGUCUGCACCUCCUGCCGAGACCUGGGAUUCCAAUGACACGCAAAUGGCUCAGAAGUCCACUGACGCCCAACAAGUUCUGGACCUUUUCGUUCAUGUCCAUGGCACGAAGGACUUUACUGUUGGUGGAAUCGACGAUCCGGCGAAUGAGCCAGCCGUGGCCCCUAUCACCAAGUACGACAACCCGGCACCAAAGUUCCUGUCUAAGGUUGAUCAGUUCGUUAACGUCGAGCCCACUCCCGCUACCGCAAAGGUUGCGUGGACCGCAGGCCAGAACAAGUUGGUUGACGAUGCUGCUCACCGAGCAUCCCAGGCCCGCCCUGACAAUGUGCUCAUGGGCAGCCUGCUCCACCUCACCAACAGCUUGGUCAAUAGAAUUAUGUCGAGGUGCGACCUCAUGACCGCUAUCCUCCUCACCAACGCCCUGGUCCUUACUAUAACGAGCCGCAUCCUCUCGAUCGCUAUGCUCGUGGCCAGUACCCUGGUUACUACUAUCUCGAGCAGCGCCAGCUCGACCUCUACUUAUUCUCGUGGGCGACCUCCCGGAGACCAUCAUGGAAUGCAGCGUCGUAGCCGCUCUCCCCAGGAGUACCGUAACGGUUACUAUGAUGACCAAAGUCCUCACAACUACCCUCCACCGCCUCGUCACAAUGCUCUAGAUAAUGGCGGUCCUAGCAACGACGGUCCUGACAAUGGCCCUCAUGAUCUCCCAGAGUAUCCCGAGCCAGAGCUUACUCAAGAGUAUGUUUUGAGAGAUGUACAAGAGAUGUACAUGUGGUACCCAAUCGGCUGGUCAACAUGCAACAAAGCACACACACUUGACAUCCCACGAGAAGCCCAUACUCUUCUUGGUCUUCUAACGGUUUCGAGAUACGGCAAACCCCCUUAUGAACUGACUGUGGGUGAUUGGCAGGGUUUCCUUAACGCGCUUUUCGACAAUUGGAACUCCCGCUUUGAUCCUCCUCCCAGCCCGGAACUUCCUGCCAACCUAGAAGAAAAACACCUUCAUAUCGAUGUGGGUACGCUCAAUCGGGACUAUCCUCCUUCAGUUGCAAGGCAACGAUCUGGCGAUCUUGAAGUGAGUUAAUGGCGCAGGAAAGGCGAGAAGGUCUGUCUUGGUUUGUCACUCAACUGCGAGACUGGUUCAGUCGAGUGGGUGUGUUGCAACUAAAAUAAUGAAGGUAUCAGUACGAUAAAAUUUGCCCCGAGUGCCAAAUGGAUCGCAAAGAUCGCCAGGGCAGUCUCUCGGCGUCUUCGUCUUGCGGGACAGAAGACGAAGAAUAUACGGACCACUCAGGGGUUCCAUUGACACAGCGCUUGAGGAAGGUGGUGACAACAAAGCUCAGUAGCUAGAGGGCACUAUGGGCCAGGAAGCUUGAUGGGUUUGAUGAGCAGCCAGCAUGAAUAUCUACCAGCUCACAGCUGCUGAAGUAUCCAAGACGCAUGUUGACGUUCGUAUAAUCGAUGACUCGCUCAGUCAUGAGGCUGACUACGUCUUUGUCGAUCUCACUCGAACCACCAAUACUGGUUUUAUCAGCGAGCCUGAGUAGAUGGCUGUGGCAGGCUCUUGCGCCUACAUUAGUACUGUCUUCAUCGGACCUGGAAAAGAUGUUCCCCCUUAUCUGGCCCAUCCGUCAUCUCGUCAAGCACCUCGAGAAACGCGAUGCCUUGAUUGAACUCACCGACGAGUGUUCAAUCAUAUGUGCCAAGUUUUGACAGCCAGGACACUUCGCAGACAAGUGCAUUUUCCAACCCAAGUGUGCGCGAUGUGACGGCGCCAACCACUCCACGCGCAGCUGUCCUCAGGCUAAGGAAGAUGCUAUCUCCGCUUCCGCCAAUGAGCCGAUUAUCGCAGGCGAUGUGAUUAUGCGAAAUCCUUUCAACCCUCCUGUGGUAGUCUUUCCUAAAGACACCAAGCGUGUUAAGCGGAAGUGCAAAUGCCAGGAUGUCUUUGUUCACCCCAUAUACGGAAUACGAAAAUGCGUAACUUAUGCCUAUUUGCAGGCUACCUUGUCCUUUACGGACGCUCGGAUGGCAUUGUCUUGCUCCGGCAUGAGAUACUCG